AUGGCGCCCGUGCCAGGAGCGCUAAAAUCUGCGGUAUCUCCGCCUGCCUUACGUGCUGUAGCCUCAAGUGAUCAUGCAGAAUACCCUCAAUUUUCAGCCGAUGCGUAUGAAGCUUUGGCGGACGACAUGCCUAGCCGGUUCCGUCCAGAAUUGAUGCAGUAUGCGAAGAAGCAUGCGCUUGAGGAACACGAUCAAGAUACGCCGCAGAAGAAUGUCCGUACGAGUAAUGAUUCAUUCACGAAUGAAAAUGACUCUGGCUGGGAUUUUGAUGACUCCCAGCUUUAUUCAGGAGAGUCACUCCUCCUCACAUCGGACGCCCCACCGUCGUCACCGGUCCCCGCGAGCGAUGCCAUCCGAACGCCGUCCACAUCUGCACAGCUACUUACUCAAUUUCUAGAAGCGCUUGAAUAUGAUGCAAUGGAGUGCGACACUGAAAAGCCACGCGGAACUCUGGUUAGACGUGUUGAAGCGGAGGUGGUCCUACAGCCCUCAUCCAUUACCCAGCUCUAUGGUCUUCUCCGGCAAUGUACGCGUGAUACGGAAAAAGCAUUGUCUGCGGGAGUGACUUUAUCAGAUGGCAUUCCACGCACUCUUUUGGACGUGGAUGCCCAAUUGCUCUCUGGUAUGCUUUCCAAACUGGAGACCACGAUGGGAGACUCACAGACCGUUCUAAGCCCUGAUAUGGAAUAUGCCAAUUUAGAAAAAUCUCUUCAGGACUCUAUAUCCUUACUACUUUCUGCCAAAUGUUGCUUGCUAACGUUUUCCGUCGACCAGCUGCCCAAAUACUUAGUUUCUGAGGAGUUGCUAGAGCGCUGCUUGGAUAUAUUAAAACUGUCGCUGGAAACACUGGUUUUACCACUUGUGGAAGCAUGUGCGAGCAUUACUCCUAGCGGAAUCGCUCAUGAUCUCCUACGCGGGUCGGUGCCUUCUUCACUCACUUCAGCUUUGGAUUCUCACAUGCACCAUGUUUGCUCUGCUCUAACACUACUUGAGCCUUUAUUUUCCUUAACAAGCAUUACUAUCCCUGAAGCGCUCAUGAUACGCUGUGUAUAUAUCGCGCUGUCUCCCUUGUUCACGCAGGAUCGUGUUAUACCCGCAAAACAUGCCAGUGAUUUGACCUACACUCAUGCUCAUGCGCUACGACCUCUCCGUCUAUCCUGUUUUCAUAUUUUGCGUAAUUUGUUCGCAUUUUAUCCACAACAGCGCGCAUGGAUCGUGGGAGAGAUUCUCGUGUCGAUUCUUCGCCUGCCCGAUCUUCGUCAGCGCAAGCGUCAUUUUCGUCUUGCUAAUAAUCAGAAAAUCUAUGUGAUCACAGCACUCCUUUUGCAGCUCAUUCAAGCAUCCUCGUAUGAGUUGCCCGCGUCACACGAACUAAGUUUGGCUUGGUUUUUCGACGCCGAAACCAGAGCACAGCAUGAAAAACCCCCUUGUCAAAGUCAUCAGGAACAUGUGCAUGCGCUCGCAAGCACAAUUGCAGCGUUCCUGAUCCAGAAAAGUGGAGAGGCCAAGAUGGCCAAAAACACUGCCGAUGUGAGUUAUGCUGCGAUUGUGUAUGCCAUCCUGGAAGAUUUACUCACAUUGGUGCCCUUACCAGAUUGGCCGGCUGCUCCUGUCUUGCUUUCAUGCUUCAUGCGAUUAUUUGUGAAUGUACUGAACGAGCCUAAAAGUACCAUGGAUGCCAAAACGAUGGCGUUGGAUCAUCUUGGACUAACUGCAGCCUAUAUAUAUUCAACGAAAGAGCAGCCCCGCCCCAAGCAUGCGCAUCUUCGCCUGAAUCCCAUGUCGGUACUUAGUGAGCAUUGUGAUGUGGAUGCAUUGCAUGAAUGGAAGCUUGCUUACUUCGGUGUGAUCCAGCGGGUGCAAAAGGACUCCAAAGACAAAGCUACAUUGAUUCAUACCCGGAGCUUUCAUCGUGCACAGUAUUUAUUUGACUUGGCUUUGGCGAUGCGAUUGUCUGAUGAGAAAGAUCAUGGUGCGCGAUUUGAGACCGCAAUUACUCAAUGUGUGCAGCAGGUGGAUCGCAUAGAAGGAGUUCCUCCUAUCGACUCGUACCUUUACGCACAGUAUAUACUUCAAGGUACUACUUUUAUCAAGUAUGCAUAUCUCCUAAAACCACUGGUGCAGGCAGCACGUUCGCCCGUCCUUACCAUCCGUCUUAGGGCGUUGCGUGGGCUGGCGAAUGUGGUGGGAUCUAACUCCAACUUGCUUGAUGACUCUUCUAUUCUCGAUACAGUGGUGAUGCAUCUCUCCGAUACCAGUGCCAAUGUGCGAGAAGUGUGCGUGUCUAUUCUGGCAGCAUACCUUGAAGACAAACCUGCGCAAGUGCCGACAUACUUGGCUAUGCUCUCAGAUCGUGUCAUGGAUACAGCAGUGAGUGUUCGAAAACGCGUGAUUCGGUUUCUCCGUGAUGCGUACUUGCUCCAUCUUGACUAUGAUACCAAACUCAUGACACUUUUUCGCAUGCUUCAAUGCGUGCACGAUAUUGAUCCUACAGCUCAAGUUCUUGCCAUGGAAUGCUUGGAGUAUGUGCUGUUCAACGAACAGGUCGGAGAAAAGCCGACAGAAAUGGCCCGUCUCCUAGCUGAUUUAUGCAUCAAGAUCCGUGAACGACCAUCUCCCUUAGAAGAGUUUCUGCGUCGUCUGGGAAGAGAUCAUGCUAACCCUGCUUUGUCGGACACAUUCGGCGAACUAGUAGACGAACUUAUCAGUGGCUUGUUCGUGGACAAUAUGGAUGCAAUCACGAUGCGGGAUCGACUGCGUGUAGUUCACGUCCUCUGUUAUACGCAUCCGAGUGUGCUGACCGUCAAUCGAGCAAAGCAGCUAUUACCCUACGUUGAUGGAGCAGAAAGUUUUGAGGAGCUGGCUGUCAUGGAAGAACUAUUGCGCAUCUUCUCAACGUGUUUGUGCCAUAUGCCUCGAACGGCUCGUGCCUUUGCUGUAUCUCUCGAAGCGGUGCUUACUCGUCUCUUAUCGCGUUGCACAAUUUCACCUGGUUCAUCAACAUUGGAAGCACUAAUCCAAUGUUUCUGUUGCGUGAUUCAAUACCAAACAAAAAACUAUGUCUUGUUACAAAAGACGUAUCACUCUUGCUUGGGCAAAUUUUUUUCUGUGCAGCCGAAAGAGAUCGACGCUAACGCAUCUUUAGUCCUUUGUAUCACAGCCUUGCUAUGUGCCUAUGGACCGUGGCAAUCGGCGCAACAAUCCAACAGCCUUGAUGAGGUGUUUGGACAUUUAAUGAGGCUACAUGCAUCAUCUGAAGCGAAGUCUCUUAUACCCAUACUCACCGCUUUGGGCUACAUUUUGAGUGCAUACCCAGCAAAAUUCCUCGAUCCAACGCUGACAUCGACGUUGGAUACAAUUCUUCAACAAGGCACACCACAUGAGCGAUACUUGGUUUUGCGCGCAUUUUUCGCUUUUCUAGAAAACGACGCUGGCAAAGAGCCGCAGUUAUCUAGCACUGACAUGCUGAGCAAUUUGACCGGUAAGGCGUACAGUGACGCCGGCUUGGCCUCAGGACUGAUUCAGCGCUUCGCGGAUCCCGUUCUUCAUGGCGUACUAGAAGUUGAAUCACCCCCAAUUCAGCGUAUGGCAAGUGAUAUUCUCAGAAUUGCCGUAUUGCAAGGCUUGUCUCAUCCUAUGCAGGUUGUUCCGACAUUGGUCGCGCUGGAAACUAGCCAGGAUUCAGUGCUUCGUUCGCGUGCAGCGCACUUGCAUCGUCAUUUGUAUUCAAAGCAUGCCUCGCUUCUUGUGUCAAGGUACAACGAAUGUAUACGGGCUUCUUUCCAAUUUCAAUGUUCGUUAACACAGCAUCCACGUGGAUAUCAACAAGAUGCACAGGUUCAUGCACUUUUUCAGACCUGGUACGAUAUUCUCGGUGAGAAUCGAAGUAUGCGACUUGCUUUUCUCAGGACACUAACUCGCCUUUUAAGCAUGUCCGCCGAAUGUACGGAUGCAGACGUUGACUUCGGACUGUUCGUGGCGGAUAAUCUAGCAUUACUGGAGUACCGCGUAGUGGAAGAGCCUCUCUUGGUGAUUCAUGAACUGAAGGUGCUACAUGCUGUGAUGGGUGGGCACAUGACCAGUCUAAUUGAGCGUAAACUCCGCACCGAUGAAAAUCAGCGGACGCCUAGCCCUUUGACCGACGAGGAAUGUGAAGAUAUUCCCAAACCAAAAUCAGACUUGAGUUCCGCGGCAUCGAGUUUCUUGGCGCUAUCAAAAAGUGUGUGUAUCGCCCGAAUGAUACCCGCUCUUCGGCAGCACAUCAAACGUAUGUACAAACUUUCUGAGAGAAAGUGUGCGAGCUAUGAACCCGGAAAGCGUACAACGAUGGGAGAUCGUAUCACUGUUCGAGCAUCCUCGGACCCGAACAGGUGUCUUUUUGAUUUUGAUCUUUCUCUUCCCCAGACAUACUCUGAGGCACGCGAAUAUCUCGAAGAAUUUGUCGAUGAGAGAGAUGAUGCAGGUACAGAUUCCGAGUUGGAAUAUGAGUAG